UAGCUGUUUUUAUCAGGGUUUUACACCACCAGCGUUGCGUUUUAAGGCGCGUGUCAAGUUAAAAAUAGUUUAGCUUUUAAAACGCUUCUUGAGCUCCCCUCGUGUUCUGUUACAUUUUGUCGCGAGCGUUUUUUUAUCGCAAGGCUUUACGAAUCGACGUGCGCGCUUACAGUGCAUCCAGUUUUGUUUAUUAUAACGACAGCGUUGUAGUUGUUCGCGUCGCGUCCAGUGUAGAUGUGUUGUAGGCGUGGGGAGGGUUUGGCUGGCCAAUGCGCCAAUAGACGCCAAUGGCUUGAAAAGCCGCUUCUGUGUGCAUGAUAGUAUGAAGGCGCUGCAAGUCUCAGACGAGUAGAGAUUUCACAGAGCUGCGAUUAGGAAAAUAUUCCAUUUAUCUGAUAAUAAAUGGACAGACCAGGAGCAGAAGCAUUCGCGAUCCACUUGUCACCAAGGGAGAGCAAUUAUUGGAAAUAAUGGGGAAUACAACACCCAAACCACUAAUAGACACCAGCCUGCAGCAUCGCCAAGUGGCCAGUCGGCAGUACUGCACUGUUUCCAACAGUGGAGUGGAGCGUCGCACCUCUGCCCCUCCAAUCAGUAUUGGGUCUCCUCGUUUUCACCCUCACGCCAAAGGCAAAAAUAUCCGACUGGAUGCACAACUGCGCCGGGCCACUCGGAAGAGCAGUUUCUGCAAUGGCAUCACCUUCAGCCAGCGUCCUUUGCGUUUGUAUGAGAAGGUGCGGUUGUGCCUCUCAGGUGUCCACACAGGCUGGAGCGGAGCUCUACGUUUUGGUUUCACCAGCUUAGACCCUAGUGAGCUUGCCAUAGGUGACAUCCCCAAAUAUGCUUGCCCAGACCUAGUGACGCGGCCAGGAUAUUGGGCCAAAGCCCUGCCUGAGAGGCUGGCAAUGCGGGACAAUGUUGUGGCCUUCUGGGCUGACCGACACGGCCGGGUCUUCUACAGCAUCAAUGAUGGCGAGCCCAUCCUCUUCCACUGCGGUCUAAGUGUCGGCUGCCCAGUCUGGGCCAUCAUAGACAUCUAUGGAAUCACUCAAGAAGUUACUUUACUGGAGAGCACAUUUGCUGAGAGCGUGGGCACAAGCUGUCUGAGUAGUGCUCGACUUAGUGCCUGUCUUCCCCAGAGCAACCACGACUCUGCCAACUACAGCAACAACCAGCUAGAGAGCAACCAGGCAGCGGCAGCAAAAUUUGCUACGCUACAGCUCAGCAACUACAACCAGCUCAUCCCCUGCUGCUCCACCUCCUCUACACCCUCUUCAUCCACCUCCUUCAAUGUACAAAGGGCUGCCCGCGGGCUCCCCAUGCCCCUUGACGCUGACUUGCAUUUUCACCCAGUGCGAGGCCCUGACGUGGUUCUAUCGAAUGAUCGCACUGUUGCAUGUACACACUUCCUGGACAGCAGCAGGACGUUGAUGUUCAGCGACAGGCCGGUCCGGGUGGGCGAGACGCUGUAUGUGGAGGUGGGCCAUCUGGGCUUGCCUUACUUUGGGGCUCUUCUCUUUGGUAUGACCUCCUGUGAUCCAGGUACCCUCAAUGCUGGAGAGCUGCCAGCUGACCCAGAGGUGCUUCUGGACCGCAAGGAGUAUUGGGUGGUCUACAGGGGUUUUCCUGUACCAGCAGCAGGCGAUGUGCUCAGCUUUACCUUUCUGGCCAAUGGGGAGGUGCAUCAUGGGGUCAACGGAGGGACACGCGGUCGUCUCCUGUGUGUCGACUCCUCUCAGGUUCUGUGGGCCUUCUUCACACUGCAUGGAGCCGUGAACCGGCUCAGAAUACUAGGAACUGUUCAGGCUAGCCCUCCCACCUCCCCAUCAGUGUCUCAGGUUUCAACGCCUGAUGACAGUGACUCUGAUCUGGCUUUCACUGUCAACAGAUCCUCAUCAGCAUCUGAAUCCUCUCUAGUGACAGCUCCCAGCUCUCCUCUCAGUCCACCGGUCUCACCAUCUCUUUCUGCAUCUGACGCAGUCCUGGGCAGCAAGAGCAGUGAGUGCACAGUGUGCUUUGAUCUGGAGGUGGACACUGUCAUCUAUACGUGUGGACACAUGUGUUUGUGUAAUGACUGUGGACUGAGGCUCAAGAGACAGAUCAACGCUUGUUGUCCAAUCUGUCGGAGACCUAUAAAGGACGUCAUAAAAACCUACAGACCAUGAAGGGACUAAAACAUUUUCUAUCAAAUGAUUCAGUAAAAACCUUGGUAGCUGUGGUUUAAUAUCUGGACUAAACUUGUAUUUAAGACUGUGUAUGUAGCUUUGAUUUAUGUAGCAUUAAGCUCUUGUCCAUAUUUCUCUCACCUCAUACACCAACGGUCAAAAGUUUGGGAUCAGUAAGACUUGUAAUGUUUUUUUAAAGAAGUCUCUUAUGCUCAUCAAGGCUGCAUUUAUUUGAUCGAAAAUACAGAAAUAAAUAGUAAUCUUGCAAAAUGUUAUUAC